CACACACACACACACCCGGUAUGUUGAACAGUAGGACGGCUUAUCAUACAAUCUUCAGGAUGGGGAGGACAAUCUUUCUUCUUCUUUUUCUUCUGCCGUGGGCCGAGACGUCACGUGGCAAGCUGAUGAGCCAAGAGGAGAAAAAAGAAGGGACAAGUGAACGUGUGCUCGUUCGAUCCAAGAGGAGAUGGGUGCUGACUACGAUUGAGCUGGAGGAGGAGAGUGUCGGACCUUUUCCUCUAAAAAUCACAGAGUUGUUCAACGACAAGCAACAUGGACAUUCCGUCAGGUUCAGCAUAAGUGGCCAUGGGGUGACAAAAGACCCAAAGGGUGUAUUAGGCAUCGAUGAACGAACUGGUGAAGUCUUCAUGUACAAGCCAAUAGACCGAGAAACAUAUCCCAUUUUCCAUGUGGAGUUCAAUGUGCGUGAUGCAAAAACUAAUCAAACCCUUGAUUUGACAUUGUCCUUCGACGUGGUCAUACAGGAUAAGAAUGAUAAUCCUCCUGUGUUCAACCAUAAAGUUUUCAGUUUACAAGUUCCAGAGAACCAAAAUGAAGGUGACCUUCCUUUAACUCUGCAAGCAAGUGACAAAGAUGAGGAUGGCAAUGACAACUCCCGCAUAUCCAUGAGGAUAGUGUCUCAGGUCCCAGCUUUGCCACAAAUCUCCCUGAAAUCCAUCGGAGGCAAGAUCACAAAACUGGUCUUCACCGGAUGCUUUGAUUAUGAUAAAGCAAGGACUUACACAAUGAUUGUUGAAGCACGAGAUCAUGGAACGCCUUCACUUUCAUCCACUGCGACUGUUAUUAUCAGCAUCACUGACUCCAACACUCAUGCACCUGUGUUCACUGCACCGAAGUACGAUGCUCAGGUUAUAGAACUGGAAACCAAUAAGGAACUUUUAAGGAUCCCUGUGCAAGACCAGGACACUCCCAACACUCUAGCAUCCAGAGCAAUGUUCACUAUUCUGAAGGGUAAUGAGGAGGGCAAUUACAAGAUUGAGACAGACCCAGUUACCAACGAAGGAGUGCUGACUGUCAUCAAGGCAAAGGAUUAUGAGAUAACUACUAUAGUUGAGCUGGAAAUAGGAGUGGAGAAUGAGGAGCCCUUAUUUGUAUGCAUCGACGGAAAGCCAGUUAAACCCAUUCCAGAGACUUUAAAAAAACCCAGCACGGUUAAAGUCGCCGUCAAAGUCAUUGAUGUGAAUGACCCACCCGUGUUUCAGAAUAAAAUUCAGAAGGUUUACAGGAUUGAGGAAGAAGAGCCAGGAGAAGUGUUGUACACACCCAUAGUAACAGAUGAGGAUUCAGUUAACAUCAGGUAUGAGCUAGCAGAAGAUCCAGCUAAGUGGAUGUCCCUAGACCCAAAGACAUGCAAGGUUACCCUGGCAAAGAAGAUGGACCGCGAGUCUCCAUAUGUCCACAACAGCACUUACACUGUCGUGAUGCAUGCAAUAGAUGAUGGGGGACCUCCUGCCACAGGUACAGGCACUCUGGUGGUCCUUCUGGGAGAUAUGAAUGACAAUACACCUCAUCUAUCUUUGAACAGUUCAGUGAUGUGUGGGAACAAAGCUGACAGAGUGAGAGUCAAGGCAGAGGACGCAGAUGCUUUUCCAUAUAGUGGACCUUUCACCUUCACGCUUGGCAAAGAAGAUCAGGAGCUGAAGAGACUGUGGAAGCUUGACCCGAGCUCAGGGUAUGAAACCUCAUUGAUUAGCCUGACAAGUCUGCCUUACGGGACGUACUCCGUUCCACUGAAGAUUACUGACCAACAGGGGGUGCUAGCACACAACAUCUUUCAAGUGUUGGUGUGUGACUGUGGGAAAGGAGACGUGUGUCAAGACUUGCUACCUCGAUCCUCCAGCCUCCAUGGAGCAGCUAUAGGAAUUCUACUGGGAGCACUGCUCUUGAUGGCUUUGCUGCUCUGCUUUUGUUUCUUCUGUAAGUGUGGAGAGAAAAAAAAAAUCAAUCACUACUUGUUUGAUGGAAUCCAAACCCUGAUGGCAUACAAUGAUGAAGGAGGAGGUUCAUUGUGCAAGCAGAGUCCCACCAAUCAUUCAGGCAGCUUGAAGACAGGAACUUUUGCGGAAUCCAGUGCAUUUAGAGAUUCAACUGUUCCGAGGAACAGCUACAGAACACAGUCCAGGACCAGAAGCAGUAGAUAUAAUACAUAUGACACUGUUUGGAGUGGGUUGAGCAGAUCCUUUAGCUUUAACAUGGAAGACCUCCUUAGAAUGAAGAUCUCUAAACUUUCUAAGGAGGACUUCCCUGAAUAUCAACCACAUGAUUACAGCUCUGAAGGGGCUAACAUCGACACCAUGUCACUAGACAAGCUCUCCAUCUGCAGCAAUGGAGAUGAUCUGGACUUUCAGGAGAAUUUGGGCCCAAAAUUUAGCGCACUGGAAGAGAUCUGUCAACAAGCGUUAAAAGAGAAGAACAUUAAGUUGUAAUUGUUUUUGAAUGUUAUUUGCUUUCCCAAUGGAUCUUACAACUUUUUAAGUAGUCUUCUUUCCUGUCUCGAUGUUUUGUGCAUAAUAUAAUACGUCAUGGCUAAGCACUUGAUUUUUCCAGCUAUACACUUCACUUUACUUUAUAAUAGUAAGGAAAAUAAGGAAAAGCUUACAAAAAGACAUCAAGACUCCAGUAUGUGUAUAGUGAAAAAUGAUUUUGUGGUUAGCAUGAUUGCCUCACAACUCUGGGGUUGGGGGUUCGAAUCCUGCCUCUGCCCUGUGUGCACAAAGUUAGCAUGUUCUUCCCAUGCUUUGGGGGGUUCCUCCGGGUACUCUGCUUUCCUCCCCUAGUCCAAAAACAUGCGUUAUAGUCUUAUUGGCACUUCCAAAUUGUCUGUAGUGUGAGAAUGUGCGUGCGAUUGUGAAAUCCCCUCCCCGCCCCAUUCCAGGGUGUUUCCCACCACGUGCCUGCCCUGAGUUCAGCUCCAGACUCCCACUCAACCCUGUGUAGGAUCAGCGGUACAAAAAAUAAAUGGAUGGAUGGAGUUUGUUACAGUAGGCUGUGAUGAUCUUUUCUAGUAGGUCUACUAAAAGUGAAGUCAACCCCUAAAUCGUGGCACAUCCGUCAAAGUGUUUUGUUUUCUACUUUCCAUUUGUUCUCCAUUUCUCUUCAACCCUGGUUUGUGGAACCUCAUCCUUGUUUCCCAAUUUCCAUAUUUGGUUGUGAUUCUUGUUCUCGUUAAAUUGCUGUCUCUUGUGAUUGGAUUACUCCAUUCCCCAGUUUCGGCAUCCUAUUUCAUUUCUUAUACUAAGCUGUUUUUAAGCCUAAAGGUGCUUUCACAUAUAAAGCGUUUAAUCAAUUUGAAUGGAACCUUUGUGUUUUUCUUUCCCCUUCAUGUGGUUCUUUAGGCAAGUGAGCAUGUAGUCUCACCCAAGCCAUAACAACUCAUCCAAGAGGGUCUAAGCAAGAUGUUGUUGGUUCACUUCCACCUCUAGUGUGAUUUGAUAGCAGUCAGAAAGCAAAUCGAUUCUGAAUCAACCUGACUGCAGGAAGUGAACCAAACAUGCGGUGUGAAGUUAUAUUCAUGAAAAAUGUAUCGUUUCCUAUGUCUGCUGAAAGUUUUGCUAACUCUGCUGUAGUAACACUUUUAGUGGGACUGUUCCUAGAAUUGGAAUUUUACAUGGUGAACAUAGACAAGCGGAGUGAUACACACAGUGAAACAUCCCAGUGCAGUUAUACUUUUAACACCACUCAUCCAGGCAAAUUAAUAGACCAGAACUAACUGUUGUUUAAAAACCAUAAUUUGUUUGUUUUUGGAAUCUCCUGAAGGUUUAAAUAAAUAAAUAAACAAAUAAAAACAAAAAAUGGGGGACUAAAUGUCCCCACAAGGAUAUGAAUAUUUUGACCUAUUCAUUCAAUGAAUAAUGUUAAGUUGUGUUUUUAAUC